UGCCUAUUUUUGUCAAAGGUGACAACGGGAACCUGACACUGAAACGCCGCCUCACCUAGGUACAUAUUACAUCGGAGCUUUACGUAGAAUUAUAAACAGCCGACGAAAAGUGCAGCAUUGUAUCCAUUCUCAUAUUUCUCUUGAAAAUUCAUCUGUUAAUAAUUCAUGUCGCUGGAUAAUUUCUCUUUUCACACAUAUUGGAUAAAAUUUAUCGACAAACAAAAACAUUGAGAAAAUGUUUGUAUGACUACAAGCCGAAGGAUCAGAGCGUAGAGGAAUUUUUUUCUGAACGUUUUAAUAAUGGCGAAACAAUUAGGAAUAUUAGUUCAACUAUCUUUGAUAUUAGUCAACUCAAAAUCCGUUUUUUCGGUGUCACUGCAUCCAAAGCUCCUCGUAAUAUCUUACGAUGCAUUUCGAUAUGAUUACUUCGAUAAGAAUAUCACACCGUUCAUGGUGCAGAUGAAGGAAGAGGGAACUGAUGUUGAAUACAUGACGAAUGUGUUUGUGACAAAAACACUGACAAAUCAUCACUCAAUUGCAACUGGGUUUUAUGCCGAAACCCACGGGGUUUUGGAGAAUGUAAUUCUAGGGCCAGAGGGAUUCCUUAAUAACUCACAAGAGUUGUUCACUUAUAAUAAGAAUAUAUUACCUAUUUGGACAAUCAACGAACUGAACGGUGAGAACAGACAUAGUGGAAUGAUGAUGUGGCCUGGGAGUGAAUAUAAAUACCGGAGGAUGGUGGUACCAAGUCAUGUUAUGCCUUUCAACACUUCAAUGCCCUGGAGGGCUCGAGUGGAUAAAGUUAUAUCUUGGUUUCUCGACGAAAAAAAUCCAGUGAAUUUCGCUGCACUAUACAUCGAAGAGCCCGAUGCUCAUGCCCAUGCUCUAGGUACCGGACAUCCAACAAUUAAAGAUUUAUUGCGAAAACUUGAUGAUUUGACGCAAUACGUUCACCAAAAGCUGGAUGAGCACAAUCUCCAGGAUGUGAAUGUAAUUCACUUGAGUGAUCACGGUAUGGCAGACGUAUCUAUUUCAAAAAUAAUAAAUAUCACGGAAUUAGUUGGCAAGGAUGAUUACGAGACUGUCGCCAGUACCUCUACAAUGUUCAUAAUGCCCCACGGCGGAAAGGAACACGAGGUCUAUAAUAAACUCAGGACUGCAGCUAAUAAGACUGGGGCCUUUGAGGUCUGGUGGAAACAUGAAAUACCAGAACGAUAUCAUUAUGGUAGUAAUAGCAGAAUGAGCUCAAUAUUUCUCGUAAGCAAGGUUGGAUAUGCCUUCGAAGAACUCUCCGAUGCAUUCCCUUAUUAUCAGUCUGCAUUCAAUGUCACAAUUUCGAAUGACUCAGUAUUCGGAGUGCAUGGUUACGACAAUGAGGAUCGCAGGAUGCACCCAAUGUUUUUUGCCAGAGGGCCAGCCUUUUUAUCACACUGCAAGUUAGAACCCUUCCAGAAUAUUGACUUACUGUCACUCUUCUGCAAUAUCCUCCACAUUACCGAUUGUCCAAUCACUAAUGGCACUCUGGAGGCUUUUAAACCUUGUCUCAAGGAGUACGAGGACCCAUCGAAGGACAAGAGUGUCUAUGCUGCAUUGAUUAGUAUGAUAAUAGUCAUAUGUAUUGUUAUUUUGGGAACACUCUACUAUCUCAGAAGAAGCCGAGAGCAACGAUAUUGGCAUGCAUACAAAUAAUGUAUUUUCAGGAGACCGAACUAUGAAGGGUCUGCAUAAAAUUUGAACCGAGUAAUUUAUGUUUAUACUGAGAUAAUAACAUAGUGCAUGAUCAGAAGCUUUUCUGCGUGUCAGACACCUGUGUGGAUUUUUUCGUCACAUAGAUUUUUCCUCAGUAACUACGAGAGGUAGUUCAUUUAUUUGAGUAAAUUUCAGGCAAAUAUUGGAUGAUGCUAAGAUGGAACAACUGUGGGAUGAUCAUCCUGAUGUAGAAACCGCCUCACAAAAGAUGUAAUAGUUUAAUUGAUGGGUCAAGUGAUGGGUAAGUCUCGAUGAGCCUUGGCUGCGCUGGCAAAUUUAUUCUGCAGAUUUUAUAGAUAUUUUAUCGAAAAAAAAAAAUAUUAAUUAACCCAUUACUGGACUAUUAAUUCGGAACAGAAAACACACCUGUUUGUUAUUUAAAUUUUACUUUAAUUUUUGUCCAUUCACAUACCUCAAUUUAUCUUGUGAUUUAUGAUUAUCAUUGUACAAAAAUAAAUUACCUCAUUUAAUAAGGGA